CUCGGCAGACUGGCAACUUUAAAAGUAGCUCUCGGUUCAAAAAAGGUUGGGCACCCCUGCUCUAUGGUUUCAUGGGAAGAUAGUUCUUGGCACUUUAAUUACUUUGCAUGAGUCACGUGAAGCGUUUGUUUUACCAUCAACAGCCACCCCUAUGCUGGUGGGAAUUUCAGGUAACAAAGACAGCAGGGCAUCAUUGAAAGGAAUGCUGUACUGCACACAUUGUGGAUACACCUCCUGCUAUUCUGGUAAACUGUUAUUGCCUGCUGACUUCCUUGUUUGCUCUGUAUACUGCCUGUUGUCACUGUAGACUCACUGGGUGGAAAGCAGAAACAAAGUAAAGAAGAUAGUCUCAUGACAAGAGGUGGAGGUGGGGUUGGACAGAAAUAAGAGACGGAAACCAUGUCUUUGUCCAAGCCAGAGGAGCAGCUAGCCUACGAGCUAAGCUGCCCCAUCUGCCUUCAGCUCUUCUCCGAUCCCUUGGUUCUCCCCUGUGGACACAACUACUGCCAAUCCUGUAUCGGAAAGAGCAUCGUCAUCAAGGACCAAACACCUCCACGGUGUCCAGAGUGCCGCGAGGAGUACCAAGGGUUUGAAUCCCUGCAGAGGAACUUCAAACUCUGCAGCAUCAUCGAGGGUUACCGAGCCACCGCUCCACAGCUGGACUGGCAGCCUGAUACUGUCGGGGGGGAGGUUUUCUGCGACCACUGCAUAGACGAGCGGUUGGCAGCCGUGAAGACGUGCCUGCAGUGCGAGGUGUCGCUGUGUUCCAGACACCUUCAGAGGCACAACGAGAAGGAGGCGUUCAGGGCCCACGCCAUGGUGGAGCCCCUGAAGGAGCUGGGGAUGAAGGCCUGUGCCACUCACCGGCGUCCCUUUGAGUAUUUUUGCUCCAACGACAUGACCUUGAUGUGCAGCACGUGCUUCAUAGAGGGACACCACUACGACCACGAUGUUCUCACCUUCAGCGCUGCAGAGCAGGAGAUGAGGGCGGCGCUGGAGAGCCGCAGCAAGGUGGUUUCCUUCAGGCUGAAGAUCACAGAGAGUGUCCUACAAAAGACAGCAGAGGAGCAAGGAGCGUCUGAAGCCAUCGGAGACAAACUGGUGAACAAGGCGGUCGCCAUCAUGGACAGUAUGGCUGCACUGGUGGACAGGUACAGGGAGCGCCUGCAUGUGCUGCUGGAGGAGGAGAGGAGCCUGCGCAGACAGAGCUGGCAGUAUGGACUCAAUGCACUGGAGGAGCAGCAGCAGCAGUUAGUGGAGGUCCAGAGAAACGCUGAAGAGGUCCUCAGUGAGACAGACCCAUGCGUCUUCAUACACAGAUUCAUGCAGAUUGAGAAUAAGCUGAAAGAGGUCUCCACAGGCAACUUUCCCUCCGUGGUCCCCUUGAAGGCUCCGCUGAACACCAAGCGUCUGCAGGCAGGCCUCAAAACCCAAGACUUCCGCUCCGAAAUGAUCCCCCUCCUGAACUCCCUCCAUAUCCUCCUGAACCCCCUGGACCUCACCUUCAACCUCUGCACCGCCCACCAGAACCUGAUAGUGUCCAAUGAUCUGCGCACGGUCAAGUACAGCCCCAGCAAGCAGUCGUACGCAGAGCACCCAGAGCGUUUUACAAGCGCACCCCAGAUUCUGUGCAGCCAGGGGUUCUCCAGUGGGGAGCACAUAUGGGUGGUGGAAGUGGGGCCCGGCAGCAUGUGGUCCAUGGGCGUGUGUUACAAGAGCAUCCUUCGCCGUGGUGACCACAGCCGCCUGGGACACAACUCUGUUUCCUGGCGGCUUCAGUGGAAAAACAACAAGCUGACGGUGUGCCAGUCCUCCUGCAACGUGGCUCUGGGGGAAAUUACCAAUCACCCGCUCAGGAUUGAGAUAGCACUGGACUAUGAGGCUGGGACUUUAAUAUUCCAUAACACCAAAGGGCACAGGGAGCACCUGCACACCUUCAGGGUUGUGUUCAAGGAGCCCGUUUACCCAGCGUUCAGUAUCCAUUCAAACACACAAGAGUCCUGGAUCACACUGCACAGUGGGAUGUAAACAUAACUUCUGUUGUUUGCUUUUUUACAUGCUUAGAAUUGAUUUGGGUGUUAACAUCAGCAUUGUUUUGUAUUUGUACUGCUCCCUGUCAAAUGUCUAAUAAAAUACAUGUUUAACAAAUGCCAUAUUUGUAAGGAAUCAAUCCUAAAUAGUGCAUUUAUGUGUCAAAAGUAAGAAAAAAAUUACCUCAGUCAGACAUUAGCUUGUUGUUGUGCAGGCCUUUUUGUUAAAUCCCUACAUUUGUCUUCCAUAAAUACAAAACAAUGCUUUAUAAUGCCAUGCUUUUAUACAAAACCACUGUCCUACAGUACUGUAACAUUCAAUCAUAAGAAAGUUGUUUACAAAACAUGUUUUGUUAAUGAUAAGGGUGAUUUUUGUCGAGUACAUUAAUGUUUUUCAUACAUGAAUUUGCUUUGUGGGAUUUUAUUUGUUUUGUUUUUUGUCAUUUUCUUAAAUUUCAAUUUGUAGUGUGUCUAUGAAGUUACCUUCAUUUCUUUUGAAUUGUGUGUUAUCUGUCUGUGAUCUUUAUUUCCUGUAAACAUUGAUGUGCGUGGACACCAACCUUUAGGAUGAAUAUGAGACACAUAUUUGUGUUUAUGCAACAAAUAAACUCUUGUGAUAAUGUCUGUGCAUCAACAUCUAUAUGUAUGUAGGCCUAUGUCUGUAUGGUAUAGUAUGCAAUAUGAUUGGCUCUUGACAGUUCGAUUAAAUUCAAACAGCUUUAUUAGCAUGGCCAUAUUGACAUACAGUAUUGUCAAUGAUCUGUACAGUUGCAACAUCCAUGCACAAAUACACAUUUGAAACGUACUGCUUAAUUCAUAAAUAUAACCUGAAGUGCAUUCAUUCAAGAGUUUUAGUCACUGAAAUAAAGUUUAGUGUAAUGCAUCUGGGUUGCCAGGUUGGGCUGUUAAACGGUAAUUUAGAGUAUUUUAACCGUUUAAACUUUAAUUUAACAAACCUAUCAUAAUGAUUUGUAUUAAUAACAUACCCUUUUCCAGUCGCUGGCUCAGUUUUAUUAUUAAAAAAAAAGAAAAAA